CAGGUGUGCGUCUGAAUUGUAAAUGGGCAAGGCUGUGGUGGCAGGUGGUAUGCUGUUGGGGUGGCAGUGAGGUAUUACCCCAGCGCACUGGCAUUUCCAGGGGCCACUGAAAGCCACAUGGUCAUCAGCCCUCCCCCCGGCAUUUGUUUAAAAUGAGAGAAAAAUGAGUUGGGGUAUUUUUUCACUACCUUUCUUCAGAAGUGUUAAAAGUCCCCCAAAUUUAACCACACCCCUUAAGAAAGGGUUAAGAUUACUUGAAGAAAUUGUGAAACUCCCAACCCACAACAAAAUAGCUCUUUAUCCCCACUUGCCCUCCAAGAGCUACUUUGGGCAAGGAUUACGUCUCACUUGUUAAAGAGUGAAAAACAAAGGUUUGUUUGGGGUCAACCCCAUCUACCUUUUGUCCGACCAGUUUCUUGGAAGGACGAAAAAUUUUGUGGAGGUAAACCCUACACAUUACAAACUUUGAAUCACCCAGUUCGUUUCAACUUAGUGUCGACUGCGGUGACGAUUCAGUCAUGCCACGGGUUUGCGUAUGGUAUGUGGUUUUUUGGUACUACUCUUCCGACCGCCUCCUGAAUUGAAGCAGGUAGGCUGCAGGUCGCUUGAAAUUAAGAAAUUCCGAGACUAGGCUCCAAAAUUCGCCAGUAUUUUAAAAAUAUUCGUGAAGUAUGGGGAUUUAUCACUGCUGUCUAUGGGAAUUUAAUUACUUGUAGUGGUGCACCCCGAGAUACAGGUCCGCCCUGGCCCCGACGGAUGUUUUUGUGUUUUUUCAGUGCACAGUAGUCAGCCACUUUUGGUCUGGUUUCCUAUUGAGAAGCUUACAUUACUGCUCAGGCAGUGGAGCAGAUGAUCGACGUCGCGUUGCGCUACAUGUACGUGCGCAGUGGAAAGGGGACAUGUUUGGACAUGGUGGGAAAGUUGAACCAUGAUUGAGCGUUCUCGUGAUCAUACUCCACUUAGUCUUACUCACAUGUAGCUCAAACAAUUCCAGUAUCAUGUACUGCCAGGUGUCUAACAGUAAUACCCUGCAUUGCCUCAUCCCCGUGUGACCACUUAUAGAAACACACUGAAGCUCUGGCAGCUAAUUCCUGAUUCCCACGUCAUCACCAUUGAAUGGAGUGUGGCCUUAUCGUGUGGAAUGUAUGAUACAUGUGGCAGAUCUCUGCUGAGAACCUUGUUAUUAUGGCAAUACGUGAUUAGUUAGUCGCAUGAUGGAAAAGCCGUCAAAAACCAAACCGUCGGCCGCAGCCCACAAAAGUGACAGUUCCUCCCUGGUAAUGAAGUGGAAUAUAGUCGAUUUGCUGGCGCAGAAUGUGGAAGAGGAACAAUGGGCUGUCAAAAACUUAAUCCAACUGUUGGAAGAUGGUUGCAGUGUCCCAUUCAUUGUGAGAUAUCGGAAGGAACAGACCAAUCACAUGGAAGCCGAUAAGAUCAGAGAAGUCAUUGGUAAUUUAGAUGAACUCAAGAACGUGCAAGCAAAAGCAUCAUCUGCAGUGAAGCAGAUAGAGAAAAGUGGCAAAAUGACAGCCAGGUUAAUGAGUGCCUUCCAGAGUGCUCAAACGCUGGAGGAAGUCAACACACUGUUUGCUCCAUACAAGAGUGGGGCGAAGACGACCCUGGCAGAGAGGGCCCGGAAGCUCGGCUUGGACUCGGCAGUUGACUUCGUCCUUGAAAAGCCAGAGCAGUUCCAGCUGCAGAGUUUUGUGAAGCCUGGCGUCAAAGGCAAGGCGGAAUAGUUUGGGGGUUCAUGACCAGUUGUGUGUUGUUGUGUGCACUCAGUCUUAUUUUCAUUCAUGUCCAUGAUGUGCAUGUGGUGCAGGGGGGUGGG